UAUUUCUGGGUCAAAGUUCUUCUGGCCGGGGUCCUUACAGCGCGGCUUUGCUACAGUGGAGGCGGUGUCUUCAUCAAAACAUACAACUAUUUCCCUUCCGUUCACAUUAUUAACGUCAAACGAUGUCUGGCAGGGAAGGAGGCAAAAAGAAACCGCUAAAGGCUCCCAAAAAACAGGGCAAGGAUCUGGAUGAGGAUGACAUGGCCUUCAAGCAGAAGCAGAAAGAGGAGCAGAAAGCCAUGGAAGCCUUGAAGGCCAAAGCCUCUGGAAAAGGACCUCUCGGGAGCAGCGGCAUCAAGAAAUCAGGCAAGAAGUGAACUUUCCAUAUGACUUCGCUCCCGGCUUCGCUUUCCAUGACUGCAAUGUAUCUUUGCUCAUUGAGACUCUGGUUUUUUGCUCCGAUUAAAAGUUCGCAGUGUUUACCUUUUUUCCCCCCGCAAGUAAAACAUAAUUUGAGAAAACUGAGCUUUGUGUACAGCUUGUAACUCACGGUUUCACACUGAUGCAUUUGUUGUACUAACCCACUGACCAGUGCGUGUAGAUAUGGGAAUAAUCAACUUAAAAAAUCUUCGAAGUUUACAUUUUUAUGGUAUUUUAUUGUAAAUGGAGAGACAUCAAUAAAAUCUUUUGAAAUCAACCCAAAAGUAGUUCACAGUGAAUCACAAAAGUGUUUAUUUUGAGAUACAAAAUGAUUGAAAUGAAUACAGUACAUUGCACGUCAGAAUAAGGAAAACACCUACAGGGGGCAGCAAUCACCAGAAAGUUGUAGAUGUUUAUCAUGGCAUCUUUCUCACAUCCCAGAUACAGUGCUACCUCGGAAAUUGGAAAGGGGGCACAUAGACAUUACCGUCACCCCCGGUUAAAAAGUCCUGAUUUAAGGGCAGUGUGAAAGGAGCUAAAGGUAACAUCUACAGUGUAGCGGCAUAUACUUUUAACAGUAAGGACCUUCAGUCGGUGUUCUUGAAUGUGCCUCAGCAUUCAUGCUGCUUUGGAGAAAAAUGACUAUUAGCCCAGGGGUCGGGAACCUUUUUGGCCAAGAGAGCCACAUAUUUUAAAAUGUAUUUCCAUGAGAGCCUUUUUUUUUUUUUUUAAACAUUCAA